CUUUAAUAUAGAGAAGAAGACUCCCUUGACUCUCUCUCUCACAGCCAGUUUAUAAAGAAACGUUUCUUGCAAAAUUCUAAGCAAGAGAGACAUUAGUUACUUAUGCAGGUUGCGAGAAGGAUCCCAUCAGGAGAAGGCGUAGAGAUGCCGGGAAGAUCAGAGACGAAUCGGGUCAGACGAAGAAGCCACGGCUCGGGUCUGAGGGUUCGAGUAGCUUGCACGUGCUCAGGACGGCCUGGUUCGACGAAGUGUGCACGGCACGGGUUUAUGGUGCCAAGCGAUGAGAGGCUUAUGCAGAAGGCGAGUGACGGAAGCAGAGAGGUGUUGAGGAGAGCUUUGACACCUCCGAUCCGGCGGAUGAAUCUCCGGUGGUUGAAUUUCAGGCCAACACCUAGCCGACUCUGUAAAAUGUCUUCUGUUUGAUCAUAAAACUGGGACUCAAAAAUCAAGGCUGAGAACUUUUUUGUUUGAAUGUAAAUAGAAUUCAAAGCUUUUCUUUUUCUUGUAUUGAUGGAAAUCCAAUAAGAAUCAGACCCAAUUGCAGAGAGUUGAAACUUAGCACUCUGUUUAUGGACAAGAAAGUCUUAGAAUAAAGGAGGAGAAUCAAGUGGAUGAGUUGAUGUUGUU